AAAAAAAAAAGUUAUUAAAGGCGUGUCCUAAAAAAUUUAAUCAAACAUAAUUUUUCUUGUUAUCUACUCUUUUUUAACGUAUAAAAAAUGGAAAAGAAUGGAGAUAUUGAUGUUAGUAGUCUUACAGAUCAAAUAGAAACUUUAGGAACCCAAGAACCAAAGCAUAAUUCAUUACAAGAAUCAUCCCAUGAUGUUAUUAUUCAAGCAGUUGAUGAUGAUCCUAUACUUUCUAUAACAACUUUCGAAGAAUUAAAAGUACAUGAAAAUCUAUUGAAGGGUAUCUAUGAAAUGGGUUUUACGCGACCAUCAAAAAUUCAAGCAAAAGCUUUACCAUUGCUUCUUAAGACUCCUCCACAAAACAUGAUUGGGCAAUCUCAGUCCGGUACCGGUAAAACUGCAGCAUUCGUACUGACAAUGUUAAGUCGAAUAGAUUUUAAUUUGCAAUCACCACAGGCACUUUGUCUAGCACCAUCGAGAGAAUUAGCUCGUCAAAUAAUGGUGGAAGUCAGAAAAAUGGGAAAACAUACACCAGUAGUAACUGCAGAGGCUAUUAGAGAAUCUGAUAUUAAAAGUACAGUUGGAAAAACUAGAAAUGAAGAAUUUGCUAGCGCCCAAUUGAUUGUCGGUACACCUGGUACCGUUUAUGAUUUACUCAAGAGACGUAUUAUCAAUAAAACCCAUAUGAAGAUCUUUGUAUUAGAUGAAGCUGACAAUAUGUUAGAUCAACAAGGUUUAGGCGAUCAAAGUAUAAGGAUAAAAAAUAUGAUGCCCAAAGAUUGUCAAAUCGUACUCUUCUCAGCUACUUAUUCAACUCAAGUCCGAACUUUUGCCGGAAGAUUUGCACCAAAUGCAAAUCAAUUCUCCUUAAAAGUCGAAGAAUUAUCGGUAAAAACGAUUAAUCAAUUUUACAUGGAUUGCAAAGAUGAAAAUCACAAAUUUGAAGUUUUGGAUGAUUUGUAUACCUUGCUUACAAUUGGACAAAGUAUCAUUUUCGUGCAGAAACGUGACACUGCGGAUACGAUUGCAAGACGUAUGACUGAGAAAGGACAUAAAGUUAUUAAUCUUCACGGUGGUCUUUCAACGACUGAACGUGAUGAAGUAAUGGAUGGUUUUCGUAGGGGGGAUGCUAAAGUGUUAAUUACCACCAAUGUAUUGGCACGUGGUAUUGACGUUUUACAAGUAAAUCUAGUAAUCAAUUACGACUUACCAUUAGAUAAUUCUAGUAGGCGCCCUGAUUAUGAAACCUAUCUUCAUCGAAUUGGACGUACUGGACGAUUUGGUCGUACAGGAGUAUCUAUCAAUUUUGUUCACGAUGCAAAUAGUUGGGAAAUUGUGAAAGCUAUUGAAAAUCAUUUCAAUAGAGAAAUUGUUAAAGUACCAACGGAUAAUUGGGAUACUAUUGAGUCAAUUCUUAAGAAAGAAAUUAGUAAAUUAAAUUCAUAAUGAAUUACUUAUAAUAAUUUUUUUGACAAUUUUUUUUUUUACGAAUAAUUAAUAUAUUAUUAUUAGAUAGUAAACUUAUCAUUUUAUUUCAUUUAUUAUAAAAUCAUAUAAAAAGCAAAUUUAGUAAAUUUAGUAAUAUUAUUAUUUAUUAAAAAUUUUUAUAUU